AUGGACACUGCAGGAACGUUCGCUACGAUUACUCGGGUCUUGUUGAUGUGCGGGUCAAUGUUCGAGCACCCCAGCCCCACCGACGUUCUCAUCACGACCUAUGGAUUCGAUGACGCCGGCAAGCUGGCGAGAUUUUUCCAUGACGAAGGAACUGGAAAAAUCAACAAGUGAGUUGACGGUUCGAUUUUAUCUUAGAGAGCAUUCAUUUUUAGCCAACGAUUUGUUUUUCAGCGAGCCGGUUACCCCGCUCCGAACUUUGGGCCUAAAGGCCGUCACAUUCCAAUUCUUGAUACAUGGCGACAACAUCACAACCAAGGGUGAUGUGGAGUUGCCGGAUGGAAGGUAGGUUGGACUUGAAUUUUUGACUUUUUUUGUAGGCGUUGUGCCGUCAGAGGUUCAGAUACACUACCGAGCAUUUUAAACAUGAGUACGUGUGUCACGGGCUUUCGCUUCACGUCAUCAGAUGAGCACGUUUACCAAAUCUCCUGCCAACCUACUAUCUUUUCAAUUCAGACCGGGGUAGAUGGUGUAGCGACUCCUGAGAACCCAAGAGUUCCCCAAGAUAUUGAGACAGUGACUUGUGACGAUCACAUUGCUCUGGACAUGGACGGAAAGAGACUUGUUCUGCAAAAGAAUGGGAAAUGUCAAAUGGUCGAGCUUUCUGAGUUCAGGGAGGGCUGGCCCUUGAAGGAGUGUGAGGUGGAGAAGCUCAAGGUUCCGGCAGACAACAAAAAACAUGGUCCGUUCUCGAUGGUAAGUUUGAAAAAUUUUGGGGCAAGUUGAAGUCACAAAAAGCGUCAAAAUUCGAGUUACAAGUCCAAGCUGGGGCGCUGCUGGCAAAUAAUUUUGGCCGAAAUUUUGUACUUUAAACACUCCAGCGGGAUGUUUUCACCGAUUGAGGACGGAAAGGUCCGCUAGAAAAAGGGAAAGAGGAGGGCGGGGAGGGGGGAGGAGGUUUUUGAUGGCGCUGACUUCGAAAAUCGUCUCCAUUUUUUUCUGAAUUUUCUUAAGCAGUAGUGUCUAAUGUUUGGUUGUAAAGAAAAAAAAAACGUCAGAAGUUUUUUUUGCCGACCUUCCCGCAGCGGGCCUUCGUGGUCGUUUGUGGUUUUCACCAAGCUUGAUUUGGCGCUCGUUUUAGUCUAAAAAAUGUAAAGCUAACGCUCGGGCGCAGCUUGGAUUUCUGGAGACUGGGGUUUACGAAUUUUUUUGGAAUUGCCUGUUUAGAAGCGUUAACAGUGAUUUUUCAGCGUUAUUUGGUGAAUGUUCACGGCUGCAGCCUUCAGGAUCCAGAGAACGAGACGAAUGUGCUCGAUGACAACCUUGUCGACAACACUUUUGUCAAAUUCCUCACCGUUCCAUCGAAACUUCCGUAAGCUUUUGUAAUCGUGUGAUAACCGCACUUUUCGAAGCUAUUUGUAUUUAAUUUGGCAUUUUCAGACUUAACUCCACUGUCGAAUCGGAACCAGAGCACAACAAAGUAGCCAUCAUUGCAGGCUCGGUUGGCGGAGUGUUAUCGUUUUUGGGCAUUAUUGCCUCGAUAAUUGGCGGCGUUUGUUUCUGUGUGAGUUUAUUUGAUUUAUUCUUUAGUGCAAACAUUCUGCCUGGCUUGAUGUUUUGAGUUUCUGCACCGUGAAAAGUUUCACUAUGCGAAAUUUUUUAGUUCUCGCACGUAAUGUGUUUAUUUUUUUGCUCUGAGAAAUCUAUUGUUUUUUGCACCAUGCGGACCUCGAUCGGUCGAGUUUCAAGAGAAUAUAUUUUGAAUUGACCGUUACAUGCCUUCUGAAAAUUUUGAAGAAUUAUUUUCGAGCCGAAACCGCUAAAACUUGAAAAAUUUUUGGAAUGAUUUUCAAUUGACUUUCCCGUACUUGGAAGAAUUUUGAUUUUUUUGGUGAAAUCGUGGAGCAAAAAGUGAUUGAGUACGGAAAGGUCCGCUGCGCGGAAAGGUCCGCUGUACGGAAACGUCCGCUGCGGAAAGGUCCGCUAAAAAAAGGAAAAGAAGAGGGUGGGAAAAAAAGGAUUUUUUGUGAAAAUUGUAAAAAAUUGAAAUUUUUUCGCUUCGGGACUGGAAACAAAAGGAUUUUUUGUGAAAAUUGAAUAAAAUUUGAAAUGUUUUCGCUUCGGGACAUGAAACAAAAGGAUUUUUUGUGAAAUUUGAAUAAAAUUUGAAAUGUUUUCGCUUCGGGACAUGAAACAAAAGGAUUUUUUGUGAAAUUUGAGUAAAAUUUGAAAUGUUUUCGCUUCGGGACUUGGAAAAAAGGAUUUUUUGUGAAAUUUGAAUAAAAUUAGAAAUUUUUUCGAGCUGACUGAGUAUGAACUGACUGAAUAUGAAAACUGGGUUUCUGUUACUUUACUACCUUUAGGGAUUCUUUUUGAAAUUUUUUCGACUUAUAACACUUUUAGACGUUAAUGGUGUUGUUUUGGUGCCUAGUACUGCUUAAAAAACACAUUUUUAACACUUGGUACUAAAUAGUACCAGGUAGUACUAUUUAGUACGAGGUGCAAAUUUGGCCGUAAGGCGGUAAUGGCGUUGGUUUGGUGCCUAGUAGAACCCAAAAACACGUUUUAUCACUUGGUACUAUAUAGUACCAACUGGUACUGUUUAGUGAGAAGUGAAAAUUUGGCCGUAAGGCAGUAAUGAUGAUGGUUUGGUGCUUAGUAGAGCCCAAAAACACGUGGUACUAUAGAGUACCAGGUAGUACUAUAUAGUACCAGGUGGUACCAUUGGUUUUAAACAAAAUUUUAGUGCUGGCGGCACCACAGUUAAUAUUCAGUCAGACACCCUUUUUUCUACUCCCGAUGCGAAAAGAUUUCAAAAUUUUGUUGAAUUUUUCAAACAAUUCUUUUUUUUCUCAGUCCCGAAGCGAAAACAUUUCAAAUUUUUUUCAAAUUUCACCAAAAAUUCUUUUUUUGAUGUCCCGAAGCGAAAACAUUUCAAAUUUAUUCAAAUUUCACAAAAAAUCCUUUUUUUCAAGUCUCGAAGCGAAAACAUUUCAAAAAAAAUUUUUUUCGAGACUAGUCACACCUAAAAAUCAAAACACCAAGUACAAUAUAACUUACGCCUAAAUCCAUUACUCAAAAAAAUUUUUUUAAAAAUUACUAGUUAACACUACUGCAUAAGCAAAAUUGUAAAAUUCAGAAAAAAAUGGAUACGAUAUUCGAAAUCUGCGCCUUCGAAAACCUCCCCCUCCCCGCCCUCCUCUUUUUUUUAGCGGACCUUUCCGCACAGCGGACCUUUCCGCGCAGCGGACCUUUCCGCACAGCGGACCUUUCCGUCCUUCGUGGCAAAAAGUAGCUUACGCUCUUACUAAAAUCAAAAAUUUCACUGUGCGAAAUUUAGUUAGUUCUCGCACGUACAGGGUGGUUCAGCCGAAGUUUCCAUCCUUAUUUCAAGUAUUUCUGCGCGAUUUGCGGAGGAUAGGUUACCCCGAGAAUAGGUUACCUAGAGGACAGGUUACCAUUUACCAAAGAAAGAAUUUUUUUGAAGUGUUUUCGCUUCGGGACUUGGAAAAAAGGAUUUUUUGUGAAAUUUGAAAAAAAUUGAAACGUUUUCGCUUCGGGACUGGAAAAAAAUUUUUUUUUGGAAAAUUCAACAAAAUUUUGAAAUCUUUUUGCAUCGGGAGUAAAAAAAAGGGUGUCUGGCGGAAUAUGAACUGUGAUGCCGCCAGCACUAAAAUUUUGUCUAAAACCGAUGGUCCAGCUGGUACUAUAUAGUACCACGUGUUUUUGGGUUCUACUAAGCACCAAACCAACGCCAUUACUGCCUUACGGCCAAAUUUGCACCUCGUACUAAAUAGUACCAGGUAGUAUUAUACUAUUUAGUACCAAGUGUUAAAAAUGUGUUUUUUAAGCAGUACUAGGCACCAAAACAACACCAUUAACGUCUAAAAGUGUUAUAAGUCGAAGAAAUUUCAAAAGGAAUCUCUAAAGGUUGUAGAGUAACAGAAACCCAGUUUUCAGAUUCAGUCAGUUCAUACUCAGUCAGCUCGAAAACAUUUCAAAUUUUGUUCAAUUUUCACAAAAAAGUAUUUUUUCCACUCCCGAAGCGAAAACAUUUCAAAUUUUUUUUCAAUUUUCACAAAAAAUCCUUUUUUUCCAAGUCCCGAAGCAAAAAAUCCAAAAAAUUCCAAAAAGAAAUUUUUUCUUCAGAAAAAAGGCAACCUAUCCUCCGAGUUAACCUAUCCGAAAUUAUAUCAAAAUGAAGCUGAGGUUCCCUAUUUUUUGCCCACCAAAUGUGACAGGCCGAAGUUCAAGGACCCCCGUACUGACCUUUGA